AUGGAGCAGGUGAACGCAUGUGAUGACGAAAGGGUCGUACAAAUCACUGAUAUGACAUUAGAAAAAAGUUUACCGUGGUUUACAAGAGUAGUCAAUGACGUCACGAAUAAGGGUCCAAUAGAAUCGGCGAAAUGGCCACCAUGUAAACGUGAACAUGACAUCAUAUUAAGUCUACACCGUAAUUUGGAACAGAAUAUACAGAAGCGUUUUGAAAAUAUUACCGAAAAACAC